CACAUUAACACACCGGCUGCUGCUGCUGCGCCUGCCAGAAUCUCAAUGUGGGAAAUGACCGCGAGUGACCUCAAAGGAAACACUGUAUUUUAGCGACUGUGCGCACUCUCAUUUUAGACUACAUUGAAUUAACAUUUUAUGUCAAUUUUUAUUUUGAUAUUUAAGGGUAGAAAACGUUACAUUAGGGGAAAGUAUCAGGUAUACUGGUCGCGCUACUGUCUCACGAGCUUGCAAGCAGCGGGGCUACGAUUAGCUAGCUAAGCUAAAGUAGUCCGGUUUCUCAUCGCUAGCGGCCGUGGGGUUUUUACCGUAUUUUCCUCCUGCAGAUGCUAAGCUAAGCUAGGCUAGGCUAGGCUAGCUGCUGCCAUGGAUAAAGCCAAGUCAAUGAUGGACUCGAACGGAGCGUCGGGAGCCUUUCAUGUCAACAGCGGGCCGAGCCAGAGGGGGUUUCACAGCCCCAUCGCUGUGGUCGCUAACGGCAGCUGUUGCAGCAGCAGCAGUAAUGCAUUCGGCUCGAGCAGCGGAGCCAACAGCAGCACUUUCGAGAGCAUGCAUCAUCUGCACGAUGGGGAGUGCAACGGGUCCCCGGCCAAGAGGUGCAGGCUACGGCGGAGGACGGAGUCGGUGAGACGGAGCAGACCCCCCUUCCCCUGGUUUGGCAUGGACAUCGGUGGCACCUUGGUGAAGUUGGUGUAUUUUGAGCCAGUUGAUAUAACUGCAGAGGAAGAACAGGAGGAAGUGGAAAACCUCAAGUCCAUCCGCCGCUACCUCACCUCAAACGUGGCUUAUGGUAAAACAGGCGUCCGUGACGUCCACCUGGAGCUGAGGAACCUGACCAUGUGUGGCAGGACAGGGAACCUCCACUUCAUCCGCUUCCCGACACAGGGUAUGCCCCGUUUCAUACAGAUGGGUCGCGACAAGAACUUCUCCAGCCUGCACACAACACUCUGCGCCACCGGUGGCGGCGCGUACAAGUUCGAGAAUGACUUCAGGACGAUGGCCGACCUGGAGCUGCUGAAGCUUGACGAGCUGGACUGCCUGAUCCACGGCUUGCUGUACGUUGACCGAGUGAGCUUCAAUGGACACCCAGAGUGCUACUACUUCCAGAACCCAUCAGACACUCAGAGCUGCUUGAAGAAACCCUGCACCCUGGAAAACCCUUUCCCCAUGCUGCUGGUCAACAUCGGCUCCGGGGUCUCCAUACUGGCCGUGUACUCUGAGAACAACUACAAACGGGUGACUGGGACCAGUCUGGGAGGUGGUACCUUCCUGGGCCUUUGCUGUCUGCUGACGGGCUGCGAGACGUUUGAGGAGGCGUUGGAAAUGGCCAGCAAGGGCGACUCCACCAACGUGGACAAACUUGUGAAAGAUAUCUACGGGGGAGACUACGAGCGCUUUGGCCUACAGGGCUCCGCUGUCGCAUCCAGUUUUGGUCACAUGAUGAGCAAAGAGAAGCGAGACAGCAUAAGUAAGGAAGACCUGGCCAGAGCCACACUGGUCACCAUCACUAAUAACAUAGGAUCCAUAGCACGGAUGUGUGCCGUCAACGAGGUACACAUUAACACACCCCCA